AUGUCGCCCGAAGAUCAACUCGGCUCCACCCGGCGGCGCCCCUCGCUAUCACUGCGCCCUCGACCUCGGACCGCAGCGUAUCCCUUCCAUGUUACCAAGGAACAUAUUGUCGACCAGUGGCGAGAGCCCUCCCAGGUGGAGGCACCAUAUGAUAGUGGACUGCUUGGGGUGGCUGUGGAGGAAAAAGAGACGGAGCCAUUUCCAGAAGCCAUGCCCCGUCGCCGCUCCUCCAAGAGCUUCUCGACUCUACGCCAUCCGAUGGACGGAUUGGUGGCUUUGGGCCGUCGUCUGUCUUUCACAAUCCGCAGCAAGUCUUCCAGGAACAACCUACGAGUUCCGGGAGACGAAGACGACGAGUCUCACAACUACCAUCUUUCAGGUCAUUUCCACCUGAAACGUCAUACUGCCUCUGGAAAUUACGAGGGGCGGACUCGUGGCUGGCUUAAUGGCCAUAGCAUCAACCGUCGUCCGUCAUUGAAUAGCGUCUCCGCUCUACAGAGCUUUUAUGCCCCCACUGCCUCUAUCCCUACCCCCAUCCCGGGUCAUGGGCAGGAGCCACCAAUUCUUCCUAACCACAAAGGCGCAGGCGCCGCAGCUCGUGCAGCUGCAGCUGCGCAGAAUGAGCGAAUGGAGUUAGCGAAGCUCGAACUUGCCCGGGCGGAGCGAGAAAGAUUCCUGGACUCGAAGUUGCCACAAGACUCCGAAAGUGGUAUUGGAAUUGAUCUUCGCGAUCGUUCCGAUCUCUCCAAAGAAGAGCUGGGUCUGAUCCGUAUUGACCCGGCAUCUUAUCUGCCCGCCGAAAUCACGGCUCACAUUCUUUCAUAUUUGGACCCGUCAUCUCUUAUGAACUGUGAAUGUGUUUCGCGCUCCUGGCAAAAGCAGGCGUCUUCGCCUCAUGUUUGGAAGCACGUCUUCCAUGGUGCACAUCCUCGUCGCCCAGCCAGUUCCACCACCACCAAGAAGAAGCAAUUUCUCGGUCUGGGGAAGGAAACUUUGCACCAGGAUUGGAAGAGAAUGUACCUGGUCCGCCAGGCUCUGGAGCAGCGCUGGAAAGAGGGCAAAGCAGCCGCUAUCUAUCUGCACGGCCACAAGGAUAGUGUCUACUGUGCACAGUUUGAUGAGUCAGUUGAAUCCCUCCCUCUCAUAGUUGGUUUAGCCCUUCUAACCGUUCUGGACAGACAUAAAAUCAUCACUGGCUCUCGUGACCGUACCAUUCGCGUGUGGGAUGCUCACUAUCCUUGGCCUUGCCUUAAGGUCAUCGGCCCGCCUCCUGGAGAGCUGCCUGGUAUCGGGCAAGUAAACAACCCGACACAACAAGCUUCCGGCAAAUCACCCUUUCUGACCAUUUGUCCGCCAUCUACGCCUCUGGAGGAUAUUAUGACCCCUAUGGAACAACCCUCCAAAUAUCAUAGCGCAUCUAUCCUUUGCUUGCGUUUCGACGAAGAGAUCAUGGUCACUGGUUCUUCGGACCAUACUUGCAUCGUUUGGGAUAUCAAGCGGGACUACCGGCCAAUCUGUCGCCUUUCUGGCCACAGUGCUGGCGUGCUGGAUGUCUGUUUUGACGAUCGAUAUAUCGUGUCUUGCUCGAAGGACAGUACCAUCUGUGUCUGGGACCGCAAAACCGGUGCACUUCUCAAACAGCUUCUGGGACAUCUUGGCCCCGUCAAUGCGGUGCAGUUGCGCGGAGACCUGGUCGUCUCCGCCAGCGGUGACGGAGUAGCCAGGCUUUGGAACGUCAUCUCUGGCCAAUGCGUCAAGGAAUUCCCAAGCAAAGACCGAGGUUUGGCCUGUGUCGAGUUCAGCGACGAUGGCCGGACUAUUCUGACCGGUGGUAAUGAUCGGACCAUCUACCAGUUCGAUGCGAACACCGGCGAGUUGGUCAACGAGUUGAAAGGUCACAGUGGUCUCAUUCGGUCUCUCCAUCUCGACAGCAUGAACAAGCGAAUUGUGAGUGGCAGCUACGAUAUGAGUGUCAAAGUCUUCGAUACCGAGUCGGGCGAGCUGUCACUUGACCUGCCAGGCUGGACUACUAGCUGGAUGUUGAACGUCCAGUCAGACUAUCGUCGUAUCCUAGCCACCAGCCAGGAUUCGCGCGCUGUCAUCAUGGACUUCGGGUAUGGUCUCGAUGGCAUUGAUCUGUUAGAAAGCUGA